AUGAUAGCCAUGAGAGGAGGAUACAAGCCGGAGAUCACAGUGCGGCGGUCAAUCGCCGUCACAAAGCCGAAGCGAUCUUCAAUUUCGGAACCGUCGUUAGACAUACACCAGAAAACGAAUAAUCAGGAGUCAAUACCCCGACCACUCGGAGUCCUGACCCCAAAAUCCAACCGACGUAUCUGUAAAUCGGAAUGGCCUAGUAAGUCUUCUCGACGGCGGCGAAGGAUAAAGCAGGAGAGAAUCUCGAGAUCCGUUGACCGCGAAUGGGUGUUUUCCGCAAUCAAUUUCAGAUAUCUUAAAGAUAAACUCGUUCUAGUCUCGUACAAUCUACUCGGCGUCGACAAUGCGGCGAACCACAUGGAUUUGUAUUACAACAUUCCGCCGCAGCACUUGGAGUGGAGUAGACGGAAACAUCUCAUAUGCAAGGAGAUUAGUCGCUAUAACGCAAGCAUCUUAUGUCUUCAGGAGGUUGACCGCUUUGAUAAUCUAGAUGGUCUUCUUAAAAACAGGGGCUUUCAAGGUGUUCACAAGAGUCGGACUGGAGAAGCGAGUGAUGGUUGUUCUAUAUUCUGGAAAGAGAAACUAUUUAAACUUCUGCACCAUGAAGAAAUUGAGUUUGAUAGAUUUGGCCUGCGUAAUAAUGUUGCUCAACUCUGUGUUUUAGAGAUGAACUGUGAGGACCCAAAAUCUAAAUUAAGAGCGCAAUCUUCAGAGCAAACAUCUACAAGUCCUCGAAGGCUAGUCGUUGGGAAUAUACAUGUCCUCUUCAAUCCUAAGCGUGGGGAUAUCAAGCUAGGCCAGGUAAGACUUUUUCUGGAGAGGGCGUAUAAGCUAUCACAGGAAUGGGGAAAUAUUCCAGUGGCAAUUGCAGGUGAUCUGAAUAGCACACCAAAGAGCGCAAUCUAUGACUUCAUUGCUUCAGCUGAUCUGGAUACACAACUCCACGACCGCAGACAAAUUUCUGGUCAAUCUGAACUCCAUACGAAAGAGAGAUCAUUUAGAAACCAUUAUGCAGUUAGUGCUGCAGUAUCCUCCAUUUCCAGAUCACAAACCAAUGAAUGGAGUCAGGAAGAGCUUCAGCUUGCAACAGGUGGCCAAGCAACUACUCAUGUCAAACAUCAACUCAAGCUUCACAGUGCAUAUACUGAAGUUCCUGGUACGCUUAGAACGAGAGAUCAAUGCGGUGAACCGUUGGCAACAACGUAUCAUUCCAAGUUCCUAGGGACUGUUGAUUAUAUAUGGCACACUAAGGAACUUGUUCCUGUGAGGGUUCUUGAAACCUUGCCAACUGAUGUAUUGAGAAGAACAGGUGGACUUCCAAGUGAGAAAUGGGGAAGCGACCAUCUGGCCAUCGCAUGUGAACUUGGCUUUGUCAGUGAGUGA